AUGGACAACGUCGCUGAGCACCGCGUGCAGAUGCCGGCGGCUCCUCCCGCCGGCAAGGCCAAGGCCAUGCCGGAGAAGCGGCUGAACCGCUUCGUGCACUUCGUCGCCAUGAUAGAGAGGAUGGGCAACGCUCUGGGUACGCUGACAUUUACCUGGGCCACCGUCGUCCUGCUCGGCGGCUACCCGACGGUGCUCCGUCCCGGUGACGAUUUUUGGAUGGUGACGACCAUAGUUUUCCUGGAGGCCGCGAGGAUGUUCAGCCAUGGAAACAAUAGGCCAGAUUACCAGUUGUUCUUCCGCACGAGAGGUGCUUUCAAGUCUCUUGGCUGGAAUGGGCUGAUCUUCACCGUAUGUCUUAUGGAGGUUAUGGUGUGCGUAGUGAUCUUGUAUGGACAUUGGAUACCACCAAUGCCAUUUGUUCUUCUGGUAAUUCUUGCAAUUGGCCGGUUUCUGACUCCAGGAGCUGCAAAACUACUCAUAUCCAAUGAACUAUCCUGUGCAAUAUCAUUAUGGAGCCCCAUGGUAGCAAUUAUAUUGUUAGGUCCCUCUGUACCAUAUGGCUAUGGUUUUAGGUACAAGGAUUUCUCAAUUCACAGGUUUAUUACCAGAAACCCAAUGUCCAGAUGGGCAGCAUACCUAGUACUAUUUAUGGUGGUGCUCCUACUUACAAUCAGCAAACUUCGGUUCGCAGGUGUAGUCAAACUAGUAGAUUCUGCUCUUGGCCGCAAACUGGCAUGUUGGCGCCGAGUUAUCAUAAAUUUGUGCAUGUUUGCUGUCAUAGUGAUGUUGGUGUCAACUUUUCAUGGCUCAGUUCGGUACAUGAUCAUCGCAUUCCAAGCAUAUGCUCUAUUGAUAGUUUCAUUUGGCAACCUCCAAGUUCCAGCAGCAGUAUUGCGCAUUGGGUUGGCACUGUCGCGCCUUAUACCACAGUGUUACUAUGGUGAUGAUGAACGUGUUGACAGGAGAACACUCGGAGAUAAGACAAACUUUGUGCCAUCUCUCAAUAUAUUGUAUGCCAUGGUGGUUGGCCAAGGAAUACUCUACAUUGUUGCCUGCAUCCUUGAGGUCUUUUCAUUCAUCCUCCGGCGACCGCUCAUCCAUCUUGCUGGAUUUAGAGGUCCCCUAGGAGUGGAAUAUGUCGAUUUGUACUAUGCAUAUGCAUUCGAAAAAUGCAUGAGAGGGGUUGUGCUUGCUCCAAAGAAAACCAAUCUCAUCACAUUUUCAAUCGAUUGUAUAGAAUCAAACUCACCAAAGAUGCAAUUCUACGGGGUUCAGAUGAUCCACGGCUUUUUGAAAAAGGAGCCAUUGAAGAUUAAAGCCAUCUCAAAACUCACCACUUCCACAAAGACAGUGACCACAGUGCUUAAUAUGUUGGGUUGGACUAGUAGAGGGAACAAAGAUAUUAGAUCGUUUGCCGCAAAGGUCAUGGCUGAGCUUGCUAAGAGUAUCCGAAUUGCCUCUAUACCUGGGGCGAUGCAGCUCAUAGCUUCACUUCUAGACACUACCCACGAAACAGAAAUAAAGGAUCCUCUGCUAGACACUAAUAGCCAAGUGGCCAAACAAGAUGCCCUAGUUGAGCAAGUUAGCAAGGGCAGACAGAACUCCGUGAGGCUUAAAUGGUGGAAACAGAUGGUAAUAUACUGCUUGAUACCGGCAGAGGAGCCACCUAGGAUGGAUGAGCAGAGCUAUCAUAAGCACAUUACAGAAUGCAGGUCUGUUCCAGAGGAUGAUCCCUCGAUGAACCAUGAUCUCCUCCCUGCACUAGGCAUGUUAAUUAUUGAGAGGCUUGCUACCUUUGAUCUUGAGAACUGGAUGGAAAUCAACGGAGCAACAUGCCUCAUCUCAAAGAUCAUAGAGUUUGCAAGCUGCAGAACCAAAAUGAUAAAUAUCAGUGAGACAGACCAAACAAUGCUAAAAGGUUCAUCAUUGAUGGUGCUGAGAAGACUUACAAGCACUAAAGGGAGGUUUGGUGUAGCUCUGCGACAGAAGAUUUCAGAACAUCCUUUCCUGUUGAGUAACAUUGCUGAAAUUUUGGAUGAAAGCAAGAGCAGCCGUGAAGAUAGGGAGGUCACAGCAGAGAUCAUUAGAAAUCUUGCCAUGAGUGGAAAUACAAGCGCAGAGAUUGGGCACAUCCGAUUGAUCAUUAGCAGAUUGAUGUAUGCCUUACUCAGACAAGAUGCACCAUCGAGUGGGGAUACAGGGCACUUGCUUCCAAUGAUCGCUGGGCAAGCAUUGGCAGUGCUGGCAAUGGAGAGUUCCAACAAUUGUUUGGUUAUUAUGUUAGCGGAGCCAGGGCAUGUAUUCAUCAGAGAACUCACAAUUAUGAUCCAUAGUGAGAGCCAGUACAGGUACGCAGCAGCAAGCCUGUUGCGAGAUAUGUGCGUGCAAGCUCGGCCUGUUCUGAGCAACUCAGACCUGAAGAAUAUCUCUUACAUCCUGCGAGAGGUGUUGGAAGGAAUAAUGGAUGCAGAAGGAGCAGAGCUAGAGAUCCUUCUUGGCCUUAGUUCACAAAUAUGUAAUGUUGUUCCGGAAGACUUUGCCCGAGAACUAGAUUGUGGUGAGAUUAAGGAAAGAUUUAUAAAGAGGCUUGUCGAUGUGCUUAACUCAAAUAUGGUACCCACUGCUCAUUGUCCUGGAAUCAGGAGGGCAGUAGUUCAACAUGCAGUAUACAUGAUGGAGAACAAGCCUAGCUACGCAAACUAUUUCAACAGAUGCUGGAUGAUGGAAGCACUGGUAAUGGUAGAAUGCACACCUUCAAAGGCUGAAAAUUACAGACUCUUCUGGGGUGAUGCAGGACUCAUGGAGCACAGCAUACCUCUCUCUGCUCUCCUGGCCAGAGCGAAAAGAUGUCUAUGA